UCACCACACUCCUCAUUGAAGCCCAUGGCAUGACAGACGGGCGAUUUGAAGUAUUUCUCCGUUUUGUCGCUGGUCUCUCCUCCCCACGGUCAGCUUGGAUCCUGGAGGAGUUUCUGGGUAAAUUCCCUCAUCAAACAAUGUGCCGAGUGAGUGACUGGGUGAAGGGGGAGGUUAAACGCCAGAUUAGAAAUGCAGGCAGUGAGUUUGAUAAAAGAAGGCUCCUGAACACGAUGCACUACCUGUUUGAGUCUCAGAAUCCUGCACUGGCUCAGCAGACACUGGGAUCUGUGGAAACACUUUCAUUCUGUGACAUGGGACUGACCCCGAUUGACUGUGUGGUCCUGUCUCAUGUCAUCAGGCUCUGUGAUACAAUGAAACACCUCAAUCUGGUGAGCUGCCACAUUCAGUGUGAAGGUCUCCUGCGGCUGGGACCGGUUCUGCACAAGUGUCAGCGCUUGAGGCUGUAUCGUGUCGGUCUCACAGAUUCUGGAGCCGAGGAUCUCGCCUCCUCUCUCAGUACAAACCACACGGUGACGGAGCUGUGCCUGUCACACAACUCCCUCACAGACCGAUGUGUCCCCGCUCUCCGCCGCCUCAUACUGACCCUCCCGAGACUGGAGCUGAUCAGCCUGUGGGAGAAUAAGUUCAGUCCGACCGGGAAGAAGGAACUGAGGUCGCUGCAGGAACCCAGACCCGGACUGAGAGUGACCGUGUGAACAACUCUGUGUAAACGUCACCGCCCUGGGGACCGGAAUAUUGUUGGCCGAUUCCCCGCCCUCCCCUUUAAACGGCAGCCCUCCUCUUUAAACGGCCGUCCUCCCCUUUAAACGGCCGCCCUCCCCUUUAAACGGCCGCCCUCCCCUUUAAACGGCCGCCAUCCCCUUUAAACCCCAACGCUUCCCGGGC